AUGUUCUGGUUCGUGCUCACCAUCAUCUUCAUAACGGGCACAACGCGUAUCUCCAUCUUCUGUAUGGGCUACCUGGUGGCCUGCUUCUACUUCCUGCUCUUCGGGGGCGACCUGCUGCUCAAGCCAAUCAAAAGCAUCCUGCACUACUGGGACUUCCUGAUCGCCUACAACGUGUUUGUGAUCACCAUGAAGAACAUCCUCUCGGUAAGUGUCGAUGACACUGGGUACGGUGUUGUUGAAUACUGGGUACAGUCAGAAUUCGGCAAACUGAAUUUGAGAUUAGUAGGGGGCCAUCUUGGCACCAAAGGUUGUAGUAAGACAUUGGAUUCAUUGAAUAUGUGAUUAGUUGGGGGGUCUUCUUGGCACCAAAGGUUGUAGUAAGACAUUGGAUUCAGUGAUAGGUGGGAGACAUACAGUGGGGGAAAAAAGUAUUUAGUCAGCCACCAAUUGUGCAAGUUCUCCCACUUAAAAAGAUGAGAGAGGCCUGUAAUUUUCAUCAUAGGUACACGUCAACUAUGACAGACAAAUUGAGAGAAAAAAAUCCAGAAAAUCACAUUGUAGGAUUUUUAAUGAAUUUAUUUGCAAAUUAUGGUGGAAAAUAAGUAUUUGGUCACCUACAAACAAGCAAGAUUUCUGGCUCUCACAGACCUGUAACUUCUUCUUUAAGAGGCUCCUCUGUCCUCCACUCGUUACCUGUAUUAAUGGCACCUUUUUGAACUUGUUAUCAGUAUAAAAUACACCUGUCCACAACCUCAAACAGUCACACUCCAAACUCCACUAUGGCCAAGACCAAAGAGCUGUCAAAGGACACCAGAAACAAAAUUGUAGACCUGCACCAGGCUGGGAAGACUGAAUCUGCAAUAGGUAAGCAGCUUGGUUUGAAGAAAUCAACUGUGGGAGCAAUUAUUAGGAAAUGGAAGACAUACAAGACCACUGAUAAUCUCCCUCGAUCUGGGGCUCCACGCUAGAUCUCACCCCGUGGGGUCAAAAUGAUCACAAGAACGGUGAGCAAAAAUCCCAGAACCACACGGGGGGACCUGGUGAAUGACCUGCAGAGAGCUGGGACCAAAGUAACAAAGCCUACCAUCAGUAACACACUACGCCGCCAGGGACUCAAAUCCUGCAGUGCCAGACGUGUCCCCCUGCUUAAGCCAGUACAUAUCCAGGCCCGUCUGAAGUUUGCUAGAGUGCAUUUGGAUGAUCCAGAAGAGGAUUGGGAGAAUGUCAUAUGGUCAGAUGAAACCAAAAUAUAACUUUUUGGUAAAAACUCAACUCGUCGUGUUUGGAGGACAAAGAAUGCUGAGUUGCAUCCAAAGAACACCAUACCUACUGUGAAGCAUGGGGGUGGAAGCAUCAUGCUUUGGGGCUGUUUUUCUGCAAAGGGACCAGGACGACUGAUCCGUGUAAAGGAAAGAAUGAAUGGGGCCAUGUAUCGUGAGAUUUUGAGUGAAAACCUCCUUCCAUCAGCAAGGGCAUUGAAGAUGAAACGUGGCUGGGUCUUUCAGCAUGACAAUGAUCCCAAACACACCGCCCGGGCAACAAAGGAGUGGCUUCGUAAGAAGCAUUUCAAGGUCCUGGAGUGGCCUAGCCAGUCUCCAGAUCUCAACCCCAUAGAAAAUCUUUGGAGGGAGUUGAAAGUCCAUGUUGCCCAGCGACAGCCCCAAAACAUCACUGCUCUAGAGGAGAUCUGCAUGGAGGAAUGGGCCAAAAUACCAGCAACAGUGUGUGAAAACCUUGUGAAGACUUACAGAAAACGUUUGACCUGUGUCAUUGCCAACAAAGGGUAUAUAACAAAGUAUUGAGAAACUUUUGUUAUUGACCAAAUACUUAUUUUCCACCAUAAUUUGCAAAUAAAUUCAUUAAAAAUCCUACAAUGUGAUUUUCUGGAUUUUCUUUCCUCAUUUUGUCUGUCAUAGUUGACGUGUACCUAUGAUGAAAAUUACAGGCCUCUCUCAUCUUUUUAAGUGGGAGAACUUGCACAAUUGGUGGCUGACUAAAUACUUUUUCCCCCCACUGUAGAUAGAUAGAAAUUCAGUCAGUUAUUUAAAAUGACAAAAUGAGCCAAUACUGCUGAAACAAGGGGUCUGCAGCAGCCAUAGAGAUACAAUAUAAUAUGUUAUUUUUAAAUUCUGCAGCAACAGUCUACAGUAGAUAUAGUGGUGUCAUGUUUUAGCUGACUGUGGUUUAUGCUCUCGGUCUUCAGAUACUAGCCUGUGGAUACAUAAAGUCCCUGGUCACCAAUCACUGUUGGCUCAUUCAGCUCUUCAGCCUGGCCUGCACUAUAAAGGGCUAUUCUAAGCGUAAGUGACCGUACUACCACUGUAAAGCAGAAUGCCUUUAGAAACGCACCUUCUCUGUUUUGAUAUGUGACAGAAAAUGUACACUCGCUUAAAAGGAUUUGCCAAGCAUUGUUCAGUUUAAUUUGGGGAAAUGCUUGAUGAUAGCUCCAUCUGAAAUUAGUGGGGGCUGUACAGUAUAUUUGGGGUUGAGGAGAAAAGUUGUAUUUCACUUUCUUCAAAAUGUUAAGAACGAACAAAUAUUUUAGGAUUAUGUUUUUGAAAUCCUUGCAGCUGAGCAACAGGCCAACAAGCAGUGUGAGUUGCCUAGCGACGAGGCAGGCAUAAUCUGGGACAGCAUCUGUUUUGCCUUCCUGUUGCUACAGCGACGCGUAUUCAUGAGCUACUACUUCCUGCACGUGGUCGCCGACAUUCGCUCCUCACAGAUCCUCGCCUCCAGGUAAACUUUACUGUCGUUUGGUUUAGUUUGGUUUACCUUUACUUUCACAAUGACCAUCCACAUUGGAAAAUGAAACUUUACUGUGUAUUCAAUUUAUUUGUCAAUUUAUAUUAAAUGUAUUGUGUGUAUGUUGUGUUAGAGGGGCUGAGCUAUUCCAGGCGACCAUAGUGAAAGCUGUCAAAGCCAGGAUCGAAGUGGAGAAGAAGUCCAUGGACUUGCUGAAGAGACAGUGAGAACAUGUAUUUUCUACAGACAUAUAAUAUACACAUGUUGUAUAACACAUAAAUGCCAUACACACACAUAUAUUAUACACUCAUUACACAUCUAUGAGAUACACAGAGAUUUAAUAUAAUAAUAAUAAUUAGCUGGGCGCUUAUAUUUGUCCUAUUUUACACAUGUACAAGUGUGUAUUAUAUGCAUUUUUUGCAUACCCCAACUCAUAUCCCAACACAUUAGACAGACAGUAUAUGACGUAAACUCUGUCAUAACAGUGGUGAUUUUAUUAGCUCUCACUGAAAAGAGAAGCCUCCCAGAUGUUACCAUGUAUGUACUCUCAAAUUAACCCUAAUUCCAGGAUAUUCCAGUCAUUACUACAUUCAGGUCUGAUUAAAGACACCAUUCAACUUUACUUGGACAGUGCUUCCUUGUAGCAGUGUAGCCUGACUGUGAUUUAUGAUGCUUGUCCUCCUACACUGUGUUGAUGUACCUUAGUUUUUAUGUCUGGAGCUGCAGGGCAGCAGUGUGUUAGUGGGACACAUAGGAGAACAAGAGAAUCAGUCAGCACCCCUCUCUCUCUGUAGGUCUUGGUGUUUCUCUCUCUCUCUCUCUCUCUCUCUCUCUCUCUCUCUCUCUCUCUCUCGCUCUCUCUCUCUCCUCUCUCUCUCUCUCUCGCUCUCUCUAUCUCUGUGUCUUCUCUCUAUCUCUGUCUCUGUCUCUCUCUCUCCCCCCCCCCCCCCUCUCUCUCUCUCUCUCUCUCUCUCUCUCUACCUCCCUCUCUCUCUGUCUAUCUCUCUAUCUGUCUCUCUGUCUCUCUCUCUAUCUCUCUCUAUCUGUCUCUCUCUCUAUUGGUCUCUCUCUCUCUGUUUCUCUCUCUCUCUAUCGGUCUCUCUGUCUGUCUCUCUCUCUCUCUCUCUCUCUUUGUCGCUCUCUCUCUUUGUCGCUCUCUCUCUAUCUGUCUCUCUGACUCUCCCUCUCUCUCAAUUUUAAUUUCAAUUUAAGGCCUUUAUUGGCAUGGGAAACGUAUGCUAACAUUGCCAAAACAAGUGAAGUAGGCAGUAAACAAAAGUGAAAUAAACAACAGUAAACAUUUAACUCAGAAUUUCCUAAAGAAUAAAGACAUUUCAAAUGUCAUAUUAUGUAUAUAUACAUUGUUGUAACAAUGUGCAAAUAGUUAAAGUACAAAUGGGAAAAUAAAUAAACAUAAAUAUGGGUUGUAUUUACAAUGGUGUUUGUUCUUCACUGGUUGCCCUUUUCUUGUGGCAACAGGUCACAAAUCUUGCUGCUGAGAUAGCACACUGUGGUUUUUCACCCAGUAGAUAAGGGAGUUUAUCAAAAUUGGGUUUGUUUUCGAAUUCUUUGUGGAUCUCUGUAAUCUGAGGGAAAUAUAUGUCUCUAAUAUGGUCAUACAUUUGGCAGGAGGUUAGGAAGUGCAGUUCAGUUUCCACUUCAUUUUGUGGGCAGUGUGCACAUAGCCUGUCUUCUCUUGAGAGCCAGGUCUGCCUACGGCGGCCUUUCUCAAUAGCAAGGCUAUGCUCACUGAGUUUGUACAUAGUCAAAGCUUUCCUUAAGUUUUGGUCAGUCACAGUGGUCAGGUAUGUACUCUCUGUUUAGGGCCAAAUAGCAUUCUAGUUUGCUCUGUUUUUUAGUUAAUUCUUUCCAAUGUGUCAAGUAAUUCUCUUUCUGUUGUCUCAUGAUUUGGUUGGGUCUAAUUGUAUUGCUGUCCUGGGGCUCUGUGGGGUCUCUUUGUGUUUGUGACCAGAGCCCCAGGACCAGUUUACUUAGGGGACUCUUCUCCAAGUUCAUCUCUCUGUAGGUGAUGGCUUUGUUAUGGAAGUUUUGGGAAUCGCUUCCUUUUAAGUGGUUAUAGAAUUUAACAGGCUCUUUUCUGGAUUUUGAUCAUAGCGGGUAUUGGCCUAAUUCUGUUCUGCAUGCAUUAUUUGGUGUUUUUGUUGUACACAGAGGAUAUUUUUGCAGAAUUCUGCAUGCAGAGUCUCAAUUCGGUGUUUGUCCCAUUUUGUGAAUUAUUGGUUGGUGAGCGGACCCCAGACCUCACAACCAUAAAGGGCAAUGGGUUCUAUAACUGAUUCAAGUAUUUUACAAAUGUUAUGUUCCCUUUGAUGGCAUAGAAGGCCCUUCUUGCCUUGUCUCUCAGAUCGUUCACAGCUUUGUGGAAGUUACCUGUGGCGCUGAUGUUUAGGCCGAGGUAUGUAUAGUUUUAUGUGUGCUCCAGGACAAAGGUGUCUAGAUGGAAUUUGUAUUUGUGGUCCUGGCAACUGGACCUUUUUUGGAACACCAUUAUUUUUGUCUUACUGAGAUUUAGUCAGGGCCCAGGUCUGACAGAAUCUGUGCAGAAGAUCUAGGUGCUGCUGUAGGCCCUCCUUGGUUGGUGACAGAAGCACCAGAUCAUCAGCAAACAGUAGACAUUUGACUUCAGAUUCUAGUAGGGUGAGGCCGGGUCCUGCAGACUGUUCUAGUGCCCUCGCCAAUUCGUUGAUAUAUAUGUUGAAGAGGUUGGGGCUUAAACUGUAUCCCUGUAUCACCCCACGGCCCUGUGGAAGAAAUGUGUGUGUUUUUUGCCAAUUUUAACCGCACAUUUGUUGUUUGUGUACAUGGAUUUUAUAAUGUCGUAUGUUUUUCCCCCAACCCCACUUUCCAUCAAUUUGUAUAGCAGACCCUCAUGCCAAAUUGAGUCAAAAGCUUUUUUGAAAUCAACAAAGCAUGAGAAGACUUUCCUUUGUUUUGAUUUGUUUGUUUGUCAAUUAGGGUGUGCAGGGUGAGUAUGUGGUCUGUCGUAGGGUAAUUGGUAAAAAAGCCAAUUGACAUUUGCUCAUUACAUUGUACUCUCUCUCUUCUCCGCGCUCUCUCUCUCUCUUCCUGUCUCUCUCUACUCUCUCUUCUCUGUCCUCCUCUGUACUAGUAAAUAGAUCUGUCGAGGGUACUCUCUGUAGAGCUCUAGAGAGAGCGAGAGAGGGGAGAGAGAGAUAGGAGAGCGAGAUAGAGGAGAGAGGGGCUCUCUCUCUCUCUCUCUCUCUCUCUCUCUCUCUCUCUCCUCUCUCUCUCUCUCUCUUCUCUCUCCUCUCUCUCUCUCUACUCUCUCUCUCUCUCUCUAUCUCUCUCUCUCUCUCUCUCUCUCUACCGGAUACCAGUCUGAACACAUCCACACACCAACUCCAAGCCAGACACUAGCCCCUAUUACUGCCCCACCCACGCCUUGCGUGGAGGAGAUUUCACAGCAAGCCCAAAGUACAAAUUCAUUGUUAAUUAUACACAGUGGUCAGAACCUAUUGGUCAUUAGUGGUUGUUUCUAUCUCUGUGUCCAAUCAGAAUGGACCGCAUCAAGAGUCGGCAGCAGAAGUUCAAGAGGGGGAAGGAGAGGAUUUUGAGCUUAGCGCAGGAGAGCGGAGACGCAGGCCACGGCUUCACCGAGGACGAGGAGGAUGAAGGUGGGGCUUCUGGGCCUUGAGGAACUAAAAGCCAUGAUUGAUUGAAUGAUAUUGUGUGUCCUGCCAACCCAUGUAGGCCUAUAAAGUUUUGCUGAUUUAACGAUAAGUCUGUUUGACAUAUCACAACAAUUACAUAAUAUACACUGUCCAUUCAAUCAUGUACUCCCUGUUCACCCACAACUGCAUGGCCAAGCACAACUCCAACACCAUCAUUAUGUUUGCUGACGACACAACAGUGGUGGGCCUGAUCACCGACAACGAUGAGACAGCCUAUAGGGAGGAGGUCAGAGACCUGGCAGUGUGGUGCCAGGACAACAACCUCUCCCUCAAUGUCAGCAAGAGAAAGGAGCUGAUCGUGGACUACAGGAAAAGGAGGGCCGGACAGGCCACCAUUAACAUCGAUAGGGCUGUAGUGGAGCGGGUCGAGAGUUUCAAGUUCCUUUGGUGUCCACAUCACCAACAAACUAUCAUGGUCCAAACACACCAAGACAGUCGUGAAGAGGGCACGACAACACUUUUCCCCCCUCAGGAGACUGAAAAGUUUUGGCAUGGGUCCCCAGAUCCUCCAAAAAGUUAUAUAGCUGCACCAUCGAGAGCAUCCUGACCGGUUGCAUCACCGCCUGGUAUGGCAACUGCUUGGCAUCUGACCGUAAGGCGCUAUAGAGGGUAGUAUGGCCCAUUACAUCACUGGGGCCAAGCUUCCUGCCAUCCAGGACCUAUAUACUAGGCGGUGUCAGAGGAAGGCCCUAAAAAUUGUCUAAGACUCCAGUUACCCAAGUCAUAGACUGUUCUCUCUGCUACCGCACGGCAGGCGGUACCGGAGCAUCAAGUCUAGGUCCAAAAGGCUCCUUAACAGCUUCUACUCCCAAGCCAUAAGUGUCACGAUCGUCUUCAAAAGGAGCAGACCAAUAUGCAGCGUGUUGAGCGAACAUGAUGACUUUAUUAAAUUAAAGCAACCACGAAAACAACAAAUGACGAUAGUGAAGUCCACGAUUACAAUGACCGUAAAGGAACAAAAACCCACAACCCCAAGGUGAAACCACACAGUAUAAAUAUGGCUCCCAAUCAGAGAUAACGAGCCGACAGCUGACACUCGUUACCUCCGAUUGGGAGUCAUAGACCAAACAUAGAAAUAAACAACCUAGACACCCAACAUAGAACAUGAACACAUAGACUGCACACACCCUGGCUCAACAUAAUGAGUCCCAGAACCAGGGUGUGACAAUAAGACUGCUGAACAUUUAAUCAAAUGGCCACCCGGACUAUUUACAUUGACCCCCCCCCCCCCCCCCCCCCCCCCCCCCCCCCUCCCAGCUGUUACUCGCUGUUUAUUAUCUAUGCAUAGUCACUUUACCCCUACCUACCGUUGAAGUCGGAAGUAUACAUACACCUUAGCAAAAUACAUUUAAACUCAGUUUUUCACAAUUCCUGACAUUUAAUCCUAGUAAGAAUUCCCUGUCUUAGGUCAGUUAGGAUCACCACUUUAUUUUAAGAAUGUGAAAUGUCAGAAUAAUAGUAGAGAGAAUAAUUUAUUUCAGCUUUUAUUUCUUUCAUCACAUUCCCAGUGGGUCAUAACUUUACAUACACUCAAUUAGUAUUUGGUAGCAUUGCCUUUAAAUUGUUUAACUUGGGUCAAACAUUUCGGGUAGCCUUCCACAAACUUCCCACAAUAAGUUGGGUGAACUUUGGCCCAUUCCUCCUGACAGAGCUGGUGCAACUGAGUCAGGUUUGUCCUUGCUCGCACAUGCUUUUUCAGUUCUGCCCCCACAUUUUCUAUAGGAUUGAGGUCAGGGUUUUGUGAUGGCCACUCCAAUACCUUGGCUUUGUUGUCCUUAAGCCAUUUUGCCACAACUUUGGAAGUAUGCUUUGGGUCAUUGUCCAUUUGGAAGACCAAUUUGUGACCAAGCUUUAACUUCGUGACUGAUGUCUUGAGAUGUUGCUUCAAUAUGUCCACAUAAUUUUCCUUCCUCAUGAUGCCAUCUAUUUUGUGAAGUGCACCAGUCCCUCCUGCAGCAAAGCACCCCCACAGCAUGAUGCUGCCACCCCCGUGCUUCACGGUUGGGAUGGUGGUCUUCGGCUUGCAAGCCUUCCCCUUUUUCCUCCAAACAUAACGAUGGUCAUUAUGGCCAAACAGUUCUAUUUUUGUUUCAUCAGACCAGAGGACAUUUCUCCAAAAAGUACGAUCUUUGUCCCCAUGUGCAGUUGCAAACCGUAUUCUGGCUUUUUUAUGGCAGUUUUUGAGCAGUGGCUUCUUCCUUGCUGAGCGGCCUUUCAGGUUAUGUCAAUAUAGGCCUCGUUUUACUGUGGACAUAGAUACUUUUGUACCUGUUUCCUCCAGCAUCUUCACAAGGUCCUUUGCUGUUGUUCUGGGAUUGAUUUGCACUUUUCGCACCAAAGUACAUUCAUCUCUAGGAGACAGAACGCGUCUCCUUCCUGAGCGGUAUGACGGCUGCGUGGUCCCAUGGUGUUUAUACUUGCGUGCUAUUGUUUGUACAGAUGAACAUGGUACCUUCAGGCGUUUGGGAAUUGCUCCCAAGGAUGUACCAGACUUGUGGAGGUCUACAGUUUUUUUUUUUUCUGAGGUCUUGGCUGAUUUCUUUUGAUUUUCCCAUGAUGUCAAGCAAAGAGGCACUGAGUUUGAAGGUAGGCCUUGAAAUACAUCCACAGGUACACCUCCAAUUGACUCAAAUGAUGUCAAUUAGCCUAUCAGAAGCUUCUAAAUCAGUGUUAACUUUCACUGCUAUGCGGAUGACACACAGCUGUACAUUUCAAUGAAGCAUGGUGAAGCCCCAAAAUUGCCCUCGCUAGAAGCCUGUGUUUCAGACAUAAGGAAGUGGAUGGCUGAAAACGUUUUACUUUUAAACUCGGACAAAACAGAGAUGCUUGUUCUAGGUCCCAAGAAACAAAGAGAUCUUCUGUUAAAUCUGACAAUUCAUCUUGAUGGUUGUAAAGUCGUCUCAAAUAAAACUGUGAAGGACCUAGGCGUUACUCUUGACCCUGAUCUCUCUUUUGACGAACAUAUCAAGACUGUUUCAAGGACAGCUUUUUUCCAUCUACGUAACAUUGCAAAAAUCAGAAAUUUUCUGUCCAAAAAUGAUGCAGAAAAAUUAAUCCAUGCAUUUGUUACUUCUAGGUUAGACUACUGCAAUGCUCUAUUUUCCGGCUACCCGGAUAAAGCACUAAAUAAACUUCAGUUAGUGCUAAAUACGGCUGCUAGAAUCCUGACUAGAACCAAGAAAUUUGAUCAUAUUACUCCAGUGCUAGCUUCCCUACACUGGCUUCCUGUUAAGGCAAGGGCUGAUUUCAAGGUUUUACUGUUAACCUAUAAAGCGUUACAUGGGCUUGCUCCUACCUAUCUUUCCGAGUUGGUCCUGCCGUACAUACCAAUACGUACGCUACGGUCACAAGACGCAGGCCUCCUAAUUGUCCCUAGAAUUUCUAAGCAAACAGCGGGAGGCAGGGCUUUCUCCUAUAGAUCUCCAUUUUUAUGGAACAGUCUGCCUACCCAUGUGAGAGACGCAGACUCGGUCUCAACCUUUAAGUCUUUACUGAAGACUUAUCUCUUCAGUAGGUCAUAUGAUUGAGUGUAGUCUGGCCCAGGAGUGUGAAGGUGAACGGAAAGGCUGGAGCAACGAACAGCCCUUGCUGUCUCUGCCAGGCCGGUUCCCCUCUCCACUGGGGUUCUCUGCCUCUAACCCUGUUGCAGGGGCUGAGUCACUGGCUUGCUGGUGCUCUUUCAUGCCGUCCCUGGGAGGGGUGCGUCACUUGAGUGGGUUGAGUUACUGACGUGAUCUUCCUGUCUGGGUUGGCGCCCCCCCCUUGGUUUGUGCUGUGGUGGAGACCUCUGUGGGCUAUACUCGGCCUUGUCUCAGGAUUGUAAGUUGGUGGUUGGGGAUAUCCCUCUAGUGGUGCGGGGGCUGUGCUUUGGCGGAGUGGGUGGGGUUAUAUCCUUCCUGUUUGGCCCUGUCCGGGGGUUUCUUCGGAUGGGGCCACAGUGUCUCCGGACCGCUCCUGUCUCAGCCUCCAGUAUUUAUGCUGCAGUAGUUUAUGUGUCGGGGGGCUGGGGUUAGUUGGUUAUACCUGGAGUACUUCUCCUGUCUUAUCCAGUGUCCUGUGUGAAUUUAAGUAUGCUCUCUCUAAUUCUCUCGUUCUCUCUUUCUCUCUGAGAACCUGAGCCCUAGGACCAUACGUCAGGACUACCGGGCAUGAUGACACCUUGCUGUCCCCAGUCCGCCUGGCCUUGCUGCUAUUCCAGUUUCAACUGUUCUGCCUGCGGCUACGAAACCCCUACCUGUCCCAGACCUGCUGUUUUCAACUCUUAAUGAUCGGCUAUGAAAAGCCAACUGAGAGACCUGAGCCCUAGGACCAUACGUCGGGACUACCGGCCGUGGUGACUCCUUGCUGUCCCCAGUCCGCCUGGCCUUGCUGCUAUUCCAGUUUAAACUGUUCUGCCUGCGGUUAUGGAACCCCUACCUGUCCCAGACCUGCUGUUUUCAACUCUUAAUGAUCGGCUAUGAAAAGCCAACUGAGAUUUAUUCCUGAUUAUUAUUUGACCAUGCUUGUCACUUAUGAACAUUUUUGAACAUCUUGGCAUGGUUCUGUUAUAAUCUCCACCCGGCACAGCCAGAAGAGGACUGGCCACCCCUCAUAGCCUGGUUCCUCUCUAGGUUUCUUCCUAGGUUUUGCCUUUCUAGGGAGUUUUUCCUAGCCACCGUGCUUCUACACCUGCAUUACUAGCUGUUUGGGGUUUUAGGCUGGGUUUCUGUACAGCACUUCGAGAUAUUAGCUGAUGUAAGAAGGGCUAUAUAAAAUAAAAUUGAUUGAUUGAUUGACAUAAUUUUUUGGAAUUUUCCAAGCUGUUUAAAGGCACAGUCAACUUAGUGUAUGUAAACUUCUGACCCAUUGGAAUUGUGAUACAGUGAAUUAUAAGUGAAAUAAUCUGUCUGUAAACAAUUGUUAGAAAAAUUACUUGUGUCAUGCACAAAGUAGAUGUCCUAACCGACUUGCCAAAACUAUAGUUUGUUAACAAGAAAUGUGUGGAGUGGUUGAAAAACUAGUUUUAAUGACUCCAACCUAAGUGCAUGUAAACUUCCGACUUCAACUGUACAUGUACAAAUUACCUCGACUAACCUGUACCCCCGCACAUUGACUCGGUACCGGUACCCCCUGUAUAUAGCCUUGUUAUUGUUAUUUUAUUGUGUUACUUUUUAUUUAAUUAUUAUUAAUAGUUUUUAUUAAUAUUAUCAAUAAUUUUAUUUUUGACUUUAGUUUAUUUAGUAAAUAUUUUCUUAACUCUAUUUCAUGAACUUUAUUGUUGGUUAAGGGCUUGUAAGUAAGCAUUUUGACAAAUACAAUUUGAUUUGAUUUGAUCAAGUAAUUGUAAGCUACAGAAAUAGUUGUUUUUUCAGAUAAAGAAAAGGCAGACAAAGAGAGGAUCAGGGAGAAGAAAAAGAAGCGGUGGUGGAGACCGUGGGUUGACCAUGCAUCCAGUGAGUGACCUUCAACCUUUCUAUGUGAUAUUUGAAGCAAUUCAGCUUUUUAAUAUUCCACAGAUAGUGUGUAUUGCAUGUGGCUGUCAUUACUGUACAUGUAAACAAGUUAGACAUGAAUUUGUUUUUUUGACACUCAAGAUGAAUACCAUAUCUUAUUUGAGUUUGUCAUUACAUGAAUAAAUGUAUGUACCACAGGAGGCUGGUGAGGGGAGGACGGCUCAUAAAAUGACUGGAAUGAAGUGAAUGGAAUGGUAUCAAACACAAAGAAACAAUGUGCUUGAUGUUUAAAUAGCAUUCAAUGUAUUCCAUUCCAGCCAUUACUAUGAGCCCUUCCUCCCCAUUUAAGGUGCCCCAAGCUGCCAGUGGUGCAGAGUAAGUGAGCGGUGUUGAGCGGAAAUCCUGUUCAUCGCUCAUUCCCGUUCAUCGCUGAUUCCCGUUCAUCACUCAUGGAGUGGUGAACGCUCCAGUGCUGCACAUCCUUUUCAUACCGCUCCGCUAAAAUCCGCUACGCGCUCACAGGAAAAAGAAACUGCCGCUCCGAAUAUUGCUCCAUUAAUUAAAAUCACAAUUUAACCAACACCCAUCUACAGUCGUGGUCAAAAGUUUUGAGAAUGACACAAAUAUUUGUCUUCACAAAGUUCGCUGCUUUAGUGUUAUGAUAUAUUUUUGUCAGAUGUUAUUAUGGUAUACUGAAGUAUAAUUACAAGCAUUCCAUAAGUGUCAAAGGCUUUUAUUGACAAUUACAUUAAGUUUAUGCAAAGUGUCAAUAUUUGCAGUGUUAACCCUUCUUUUUCAAGACCUCUGCAAUCCGCCCUGGCAUGCUGUCAAUUAACUUCUGGGCCACAUCCUGACUGAUGGCAGCCCAUUCUUGCAUAAUCAAUGCUUGGAGUUUGUCCGAAUUUGUGGGUUUUUGUUUGUCCACCCGCCUCUUGAGGAUCGAUCACAAGUUCUCAAUGGGAUUAAGGUCUGGGGAGUUUCCUGGCCAUGGACCCAAAAUGUCGAUGUUUUGUUCCCCGAGCCACUUAGUUAUCACUUUUACCUUAUGGGAAGGUGCUCCAUCAUGCUGGAAAAGGCCUUGGUCGUCACCAAACUGUUCUUGGAUGGUUGGGAGAAGUUGCUCUCGGAGGAUGUGUUGGUACCAUUCUUUAUUCAUGGCUGUGUUCUUAGGCAAAAUUGUGAGUGAGCCCACUGCCUUGGCUGAGAAGCAACCCCACACAUGAAUGGUCUCAGGAUGCUUUACUGUUGGCAUGAUUUGUGGACUGAUGGUAGCGCUCACCUUGUCUUCUCCAGACAAGGUGUUUUCCGGAUGGAUGCCCCAAACAAUCGGAAAGGGGUUUCAUCAGAGAAAAUGACUUUACCCCAGUCCUCAGCAGUCCAAUCCCUGUCCCUUUUGCAGAAUAUCAGUCUGUCCCUGAUGUUUUUCCUGGAGAGAAGUGGCUUCUUUGCUGCCCUUCUUGACACUAGGUCAUCCUCCAAAAGUCUUCGCCUCACUGUGCGUGCAGAUGCACUCACACCUGCCUGCUGCCAUUCCUGAGCAAGCUCUGCACUGGUGGUACCCCGAUCCCGCAGCUGAAUCAACUUUAGGAGACGGUCCUGGCGCUUGCUGGACUUUCUUGGGCACCCUGACGCCUUCUUCACAACAAUUGAACCUCUCUCCUUGAAGUUCUUUAUGAUCCAAUAAAUGGUUGAUUUAGGUGCAAUCUUACUAGCAGCAAUAUCCUUGCCUGUGAAGCCCUUUUUUGUGCAAAGCAAUGAUGACGGCACGUGUUUCCUUGCAGGUAACCAUGGUUAACAGAGGAAGAACAAUGAUUUCAAGCACCACCCUCCUUUUAAAGCUUCCAGUCUGUUAUUCUAACUCAGUCAGCAUGACAGAGUGAUCUCCAGCCUUGUCCUCGUCAACACUCUCACCUGUGUUAACGAGAGAAUCACUGACAUGAUGGCAGCUGGUCCUUUUGUGGCAGGGCUGAAAUGCAGUGGAAAUGUUUUUUUGGUAUUAAGUUCAUUUUCAUGGCAAAGAGGGAAUUUGCAAUUAAUUGCAAUUCAUCUGAUCACUCUUCAUGACAUUAUGGAGUAUAUGCAAAUUGCCAUCAUCAAAACUGAGGCAGCAGACUUUGUGAAAAUUAGUAUUUGUGUAAUUCUCAAAACUUUUGACCACGACUGUAUUUUUGUAACUACCUGGACCUACCAUUUGGUUUUGAAGUUUUGAAACCAAACCAUAUGAUUUGAAUUAAUAGUAUUUUAAUAAACAUGAAAAGGUGAAUGUAUGAAGCGCUCAUAAUUUCAAAUAGGCUACAUGUCGUAUUAAACAGCAUAUAAACACUCUAAAUAGGUCAGGAGCCUAAGAAGGAACUAAAAUGAAAUAUUUAGGCUUUUUUAUUUCUAUUAUUUCAAGGCUACAAAUAAAUACAUUGUGAAGCAUUUAGCAUUUAAACAACAUUUUGUUGUAUUAAGUCAUUAUAGUCUAUAAAUUGUGCAUAUACAGUGAGGGAAAAAAGUAUUUGAUCCCCUGCUGAUUUUGUACGUUUGCCCACUGACAAAGAAAUUAUCAGUCUAUAAUUUUAAUGGUAGGUUUAUUUGAAUAGUGAGAGACAGAAUAACAACAACAAAAUCCAGAAAAACGCAUGUCAAAAAUGUUAUAAAUUGAUUUGCAUUUUAAUGAGGGAAAUAAGUAUUUGGGAAAGCUCCUUGUAAGCAUAAAGGGAAAGCUCCUUGAAAGUGGGAAUAUGCCAGGCCUAUUGAGCCAAAAUCAAUUAUGGCCUAUAGUAUAGAUAAUAGAACAGGAAUUAAGGAAAUUUUUAAGAGAUCAGAUUUUUAGUUUAUAAAUACUUUGCUACAAUGACACACUUAGAUAGCUACCCACCUCGUUCCUUUCUGUUAGCAUGUGCACAUAGUAAGUACACCAUCAUGCUUUCAGGAUAUGUGUCUUUUCAGAUUCCACAAUGAUUAUUUAGUUGUGGACACUACAUCAUCACACUCCCUCUCUUGCUCUUGGUCCUCAUCUUUGUAAGUCACAUUGAUUUUGCACCUGUCUGUUUUAUCAGUUUCUUUAUUCAAAUAUUUAGUGAACUCCAUGACAGUAGCUAAAGCAAGGGGCUAUAGCAGCACACAAGUAGCCUACAAAUGCAUGCUGGGCCGGACAUGUGGGCUAGAAGGCCGACGCUCCAGCCUUUGGGAAUCUCGCUCCGCCCUCCAGCCAAAUUGGGAACGCUCCGCUCCGCUCCACACUCCGCUCCGCUCCACGCUCCACACUCCGCUCCGCUCCACGCUCCACACUCCGCUCCGCUCCACGCUCCACACUCUGCUCCGCUCCACACUCCGCUCCGCUCCAUACUCCGCUCCGCUCCGCUCCGCUCACAUACUCUGGUACAGUGUAAUACACAAGUGGACUAGUGUAAGUGGGUAACCUUUAACCUUGUCUUUCACUCCUCUCUCAGUGGUGAGAAGUGGUAACUAUUACCUGUUUGAGACGGACAGUGAAGAAGAGGAGGAGGAGGAGGAUAAAGAGGUGGAAGAGCAGCCCAAGAAGUCUGCAUUUCAGGUACUCUCCAACGCAGGAGGUAAUCCCUUUACCACUGUCCUGCAAUGUGAAAUAUCCAUUUUUGUCCAGCAACAGCAGUUUAAUUGUUUUUUAUGUGAAUUUUUUUUUUCUUUAUCAAUUAUUUAAACGGGACUGCUUGCUUCUAUUUCUGUUAGAACCGAUUUCUAAUGUGUGAUUGUUCUUAUCACAGACGAGUAACAAGUCUAAUUCCCAAAUGUUGUUUAAUUCUCUCCGCACUUAACAGUUUUCUCUCUUCUUAACCAAGUACUAACUGCUAACAUACUUUGUCGUGAGUCCUGUUUGUUUGGCCUUUAUUUCUGACAAAUGUUAUGUUCUUCUAACUCUCACCCCUGCUUUGUCCUCCCUUUAUAGAGAGCAAUCCGAAAGUUUGCCUCUGCCUUGCUGGCUUUACCAAAGUCUAUCAUUAAGCUGCCCAAAACUGCUCUGCAGUAUUUAAUGAGGGCAGCCAAGGUACUCUCACUACUAGGUCUCUAUCUUGCAUUUCACUUUUGUAUGCUGUGUGUAUGCUCUCCCCGUUGACCACUCCAGUCCAAGCCACUUUCUCACUACGUUAUAUGCAUUUUCCCCUCUCACUCCAAAACAUGACCACGAUGUCAAUAAAGUUCUGUUCAAAUACCACGGCCCGCGUCAUGACAAAAUGGCGGCCGCUGAUGAUGCAUGCAGUGGAAAUUCAGUGAACUGUGUUGCUCUUCUGUUUCUAGAGUGGAUCUCCUCCCUGUGUGUGCUUUGGGAGAGAGAUGUGCAUGUGUGGUGGUGGGUGGCUUUUCUUCCAGGGUAAUUCUCUGUGGAGUUUGGUCUGUGUCUUAAACAGUGUUGGGAUCAAUAACAUUUCAGUUGGGUCAAUUUCAGGAAGUAAACUGAAAUGUACUGAACUGAAAUGGAAUCUACCACAACCCUGGUCUCAAACUAGGAAUGGUGGGUUGUGUUUAUCUUGAGGGGCGCUUUUUCCAUUGUAAAUCCCUUUUUUGUUCCAUUUACAUAAACACAUCCCAUUUCACUGGAUCAAAACACCCCCUGAAACUGGUCGCCUCUGUAUCGUGUACUUUGUCAAUGGCUUUUGCUUUUACCUGUGACUUACUGGUUGGUUGACUAGGGUAUAUUGUCUUUGGCUGCCUAAUUCUAACACAUUUCCCACACUCAACUCAACUCUUCGGUUUUGAGUGCGUGAACUAAAUUUGAGCCACAUUGCUAGACUUUCGAUAAAACACUUGCACACCAAUGGCAGGUCUGUCAACAUGAACCUGACUCGCUAAAAUCAAAUAUCUUAAAGGUGCGGUAAAUGUCCCAAUUAAACAGCCAAACAUGCUUUGUGUUUGAUCACUAGUCCACCAGUUUGUUACCGUCCUAUCCCUACAGUUUGUGUACCACGCCUGGAUGACCGACUCCAAGACGGCCAUGAAGGAGCACAGCAAGGAGAAACGCAGCUUCUGGAAGAAAUACACUGAAGGGAGCAGCAGCAAGCCAAGGAAAGAGGACCUGAGGGAAGGUAUGAAGUGCAGCAGGAGGACCCAAGUUCUCAUCCAAAGCAGAUGAAAAUAAUAGCUUUUCAGUCGCCUCCAUUUCUGGUGUAACCUGACUGAACACUGUGUAAAUAGCCUGGUGUAACCCGACUGAACACUGUGUAAAUAGCCUGGUGUAACCCGACUGAACACUGUGUAAAUAGCCUGGUGUAACCUGACUGAACACUGUGUAAAUAGCCUGGUGUAACCCGACUGAACACUGUGUAAAUAACCUGGUGUAACCAGACUGAGCACUGUGUAAAUAACCUGGUGUAACCAGACUGAGCACUGUGUAAAUAACCUGGUGUAACCAGACUGAGCACUGUGUAAAUAACCUGGUGUAACCAGACUGAGCACUGUGUAAAUGUGAAACAAUGGUGAUUGCAGCAUUCAGUUUGGCUAAACCAGACAAUUCCCACCCAUUGUAGGAGAUUUAAUAUGCUAGCAGUUCUUCUGGGAAACGGGCCCCCACCUCCCAAUGUUUACCCUCGUCUCACUGCCAUCCGUCCACGCUGCACUUGUUGUGUUACAGUAUGUUUCACCUCAUCAGGUUUUCUCUCAGCCUCCGUGAUGGUGUGGUAUAGGCCCUAGACUAGUCAUGAAUGGGUAUGUUGUGCCCUUUUUUUGUUCAAGAGCGCCUACUUAACAAUUUGUUGCAGCCCUAUUGGAAGCCAUGCUGUGUCUAGUCCACAAUCCCGCCAAGUCCCCCCUCCUCCCCCCGUCCUCCCCCCUCCUCCCUCCCUCCCUCCCUCCUCCCCACAGCCCAGCUACAGCUGCAUGCAGGGCCAAGGCAUUCCUUGGUCUGAAGUAUAUGACGCCAUGUUGGAUUAGACAUGGUCAAUUCAUCCCAUAUGACGGCUGGACUGACUGUGGACCUGGUUGGAAUACAGUAUGGUCUCUCAGUUCAGCCAAAUAGUUUUACAUGAGGUCUGGGAGAGGACAAUAAUGUCUUGGAAUGGCUAUGUAGAUAGAGAACACCCACUGGGUACACACUGGUUGAAUCAACGUUGUUUCCAUGUCAUUUCAAUGAAAUGACACGGAACCAACGUGGAAUAAACGUUGAAUUGACAACUGUGCCUAGUGGGCAACUUGUUCUGCAACAACAAAAAGUACCCUUUCAAACAAUGGGAUGUCAUUGUUUGGAAGGGUACUUUUGCGUUACAGUUUUGUAUCUUCAUAGCAUUUUAUAAUUUUGUAUGAUUCCAUUGACUCAUUCCAUUUUCAAUAUAUUUUCCAUCCAGCAGUUCAUGUUGUUAUCAAAGAGGAGGACCAGGAGAACAGAGAGGAGAAGAAAACAGAUGGACCAGGUAGGUGCAGUUCAAACCAGGGUUGGGGUCUAUUUCAUUUAAAGUCCAUUUCAGGACGUGGAAUUGGAAAUGUAAUUUUAGUUUACUUCCUAGUAGGUUGGGUUCCUCGACCCCCUGAUUCAAAACCCAACCCAACCCACAUGGCCCUCUGCAUCAAGGAAGUUACAGUUAUAAGUCUCAAUGAAUAAAGACUGAUGUGGACUUGGCUGUUAAAAGACAACGUGUUGUCUUACUCCCUGUUCCCAGACAACGUCCUGAAGCGAGUCUUCAACAUCGUCAAGUUCUCCUGGGUGUUGUUCCUGGCCAUGUUGGACAGCGUCACAGCCUGGAUCAACUCCAUGUGUCAGGAACACCUGGACAUCUCCACCGUGCUGCGCAUCGAGCGCUGCAUGCUCACACACGAGGUCAAAAAGGUAACGUCAUGGCCAGGGGAUUUAGAGUCUUUAAAACAUGUAUUUUGUGAUCGUAUUACAAGGUGUACUUCCUGAUACUCCAGGUGAAUCGUCCAAUGAUGGAUGAGAAUGGGGAUCCAGCUUUGUGAAAGUAUAUCUGCCUAGCAACAAAACCAUUUAGUUGCAUAAUUACUUACCAUGCCAUACUGUAGUAAAACCAUAGUAAUAGCAUUGGUAUUAUCUAUUUCUACCAAUAGCAUAGUAAUAUCAUUGGAAUUACCUAUUCCCAAUGUUAUUACAUUGUUAUUACAUCCUAUUUAAUAAAAUGAAGUGGGACUAGGACCAAACCAUUCUAACAGGCAUUCUUGGUCGUAACAUUCCAGGGGAACAAGCCUUCCCGGGAGAGCAUCCACGUGUACUACCGCAAGCAGAUGUGCAAGGCGGCGUCCAUUGAGUCGGGCCUGGAGAUAACCGAGGAGGAGACGUGCCAGGACUGCAUCCCCCACAAGGCUGAGAGGCAGAGCUGUGCCUGUCUGAAGAGCCAAGACUCUAUGGUGUCUCACGAUAGCCUGUCCAGGUAAGAGAAUGGAGGAAAAUAGACUUUUUGUUACAGUUAUCACUUUUUAUUAUACAAUUAUUAUUCCUCUAAAGAAGUGAUGAGAUUGAGCCACCUCUUCUCAUAAAGAGGAAAUACUUUUUAAUAUGAAAAAUUAUAAUUUAUAAUAUCCUGGUGAUAGGUAAGAGGAGUCACGCAUGACUGUAAGUGCUUUGAAUAAAAUCGUCUGCUAAAUGGCAUUUAUAGUUAUUAUUAUUAUUAUAGAAGAGAAGGCUGUUUAGCUGCUUCUUGAUACUCCAAGGAUAUUGUAGUAAGCACACGCUACUUUAGUACCUUGCAGUUAUAAUACUCAAAACGUCAAGGGAAACGAAAUAAAAUAAUCCAAAAUGAUAUUGGCUGUUUUUGAAAGAUGUCAUGCUGUGCAGAUGACAGUAGCACUCUUUCAGAGAUCAGAUUGGAACUUGAUUUGCAUUCCAUCUGUGUGUAAUAAAACCCACGCCUGGUGAAUCGAGCCAAGUAUUGCUCAAGUUAUCCCAUCUCAGCACGGCUACCAUUACACGAUAAACACUUACGUUACAUAACCGUUUGACAGUAUAAUUAUUCAAUAUUCAGCGGUUAUGUUGUAGGGUUGUUUUGACAUGACUUAGCUUUCUGUAUUUCUGUGCUUCUUGUUGUUCCACACGGUUGUCUAUUUUAGUGGUAUUCUGUUAUUUAUUUGAGACUGAGGAGUGCCAGGCUCCUGGGUUUGUAAAGGGUUUUAAACCAGCCUGGCAGCAUGAAACCGCAUAGCUCUGUUCUGUUCUGCUCCUUUCUGCUUUGUUCUGUUCUGCUCUGUUCUGUUCUGUUCUGCUCUGUUCUGUUCCGUUCUGCUCUGUUCUGUUCUGCUCCGUUCUGCUCUGCUCUGUUCUGCUCCGUUCUGUUCUGCUCCUUUCUGCUCUGUUCUGUUCUGCUCUGUUCUGCUCCGUUCUGCUCUGUUCUGUUCUGCUCUGUUCUGCUCCGUUCUGUUCUGCUCUGUUCUGCUCCGUUCUGUUCUGCUCCUUUCUGCUCUGUUCUGUUCUGCUCUGUUCUGCUCUGUUCUGUUCUGUUCUGUUCUGUUCUGUUCUGCUUUGUUCUGUUCUGCUCCUUUCUGCUCCGUUCUGCUCUGUUCUGCUCUGUUCUGCUCUGUUCUGCUCUGUUCUGUGCUGUUCUGCUCUGUUCUGCUCUGUUCUGCUCUGUUCUGCUCUGUUCUGCUCUGUUCUGCUCUGUGCUGUUCUGCUCUGUUCUGCUCUGUUCUGCUCCAUUCUGCUCCGUUCUGUUCUGCUCUGUUCUGCUCUGUUCUGCUCUGUUCUGCUCUGUGCUGUUCUGCUCCGUUCUGCUCUGUUCUGCUCUGUUCUGCUCUGUUCUGUGCUGUUCUGCUCUGUUCUGCUCUGUUCUGCUCUGUUCUGCUCUGUGCUGUUCUGCUCUGUUCUGCUCUGUUCUGCUCCAUUCUGCUCCGUUCUGCUCCGUUCUGUUCUGCUCUGUUCUGCUCUGUUCUGCUCUGUUCUGCUCUGUGCUGUUCUGCUCUGUUCUGCUCUGUUCUGCUCCAUUCUGCUCCGUUCUGCUCCGUUCUGUUCUGCUCUGUUCUGCUCUGUUAUUUUCUGCUCUGUUCUGUUCUGCUCUGUUCUGUUCUGCUCCGUUCCGUUCCGUUCCGCUCUGCUCUGUUCUGUUCUGUUCUGCUCUGUGCUGUUCUGCUCUGUUCUGCUCUGUUCUGCUCCAUUCUGCUCCGUUCUGCUCCGUUCUGUUCUGCUCUGUUCUGCUCUGUUAUUUUCUGCUCUGUUCUGCUCUGUUCUGUUCCGUUCUGUUCUGCUCUGUUCUGUUCUGUUAUUUUCUGCUCUGUUCUGUUCUGCUCUGCUCUGUUCUGCUCCGUUCCGCUCUGCUCUGUUCUGUUCUGUUCUGCUCUGUUCUGUUCUGCUCUGUUCUGUCCUGAGAGCACUAUUACCCACAGGCAUUCUGUUCUCUGCCUAGACUCUGGCCUGGCGCAGACACACACACACACACACACACACACACACACACACACACACACACACACACACACACACACACACACACACACACACACACACACACACACCCACACACUCAUACACACACUCAUACACACACACUCAUACACACACACUCAUACACACACUCACACACACACUCACACACACAUUCACACACACACUCACACACACACUCAUACACACACUCACACACACACCCACACACUUACACACACUCAUACACACACUCACACAGGUAGGCCGUCAUUGUAAAUAAUAAUUUGUUCUUAAUUGAUUUGUCUAGUUAAAUAAAGGUAAAAACACACACACACACACACACACACACACACACACACACACACAGUCUUGUACAGCUAACCUUGUGGGGACACACAAUUCAGUCCCAUUAAAAAUCAUAUUUUCCCUAAACCUUAACCUAAACCUAACCCUAACCCAUACUCUUACCCUAACCCUAACCUUAACCCUAACCCUAACCUUAACCCAAAAACCUAACCUUAACCCUAACCCAAAAACCUAACCUUAACCCUAACCCUAACCCUAAAACUACCCCUAGCUCCUAACCCUAACCCUUAAUGUAAUUAUAACCCUAACACUGAUUCUAACCUUAACCCUAAACCCCCUAGAAAUAGCAUUUGACCUCGUGGGGACUAACAAAAUGUCCCCAGUUGGUCAAAUUUCUGUUUGUUUACUAUUCUUGUGUGGACUUCUGGUCCCCACAAGAAUAGUUAAACACAUCCACACUCACAGGCACGCAGACACACACACCACAGAAGGUAAUGCAUGGUCCAUAGUCUGUGUAGAACACUGCAUCAAACUUCAUCUGUCUGUGUGUAUUUCUCCAGUGCGUACACAGAGAGCACACUGCUCUACUCCUGUCGCUCCACUCUGGACCACACUGACAUGGGUCCUGACAACAUCCAGGUGCCCAAGACCAGCGAGCGUGCCCGUCCUAAACUCUGCAAGAUGGAUGGGCUGAAUCUAAUGUCCACCUCCUCAGCUGACAGCGGAGGCAGCCAGGCCAGGUAGGAAAUGACAAACACAACUCCUCCUUCUAUUUCUCUCCUCUCAUCCCUCAUCCUUCACUCUCUACUCUUCUCAUCCCUCAUCCUUCACUCUCUACUCUUCUCUACCUUCAUCCUUCACUCUCUACUCUUCUCUGCCUUCAUCCUUCACUCUCUACUCUUCUCUACCUUCAUCCUUCAAUCUCUACUCUUCUCUGCCUUCAUCCUUCACUCUCUACUCUUCUCUACCUUCAUCCUUCACUCUCUACUCUUCUCUGCCUUCAUCCUUCACUCUCUACUCUUCUCUACCUUCAUCCUUCACUCUCUACUCUUCUCUACCUUCAUCCUUCACUCUCUACUCUUCUCUGCCUUCAUCCUUCACUCUCUACUCUUCUCUGCCUUCAUCCUUCACUCUCUACUCUUCUCUACCUUCAUCCUUCACUCUCUACUCUUCUCUGCCUUCAUCCUUCACUCUCUACUCUUCUCAUCCCUCAUCCUUCACUCUCUACUCUUCUCUGCCUUCAUCCUUCACUCUAUACUCUUCUCUGUCUUCAUCCUUCACUCUCUACUCUUCUCUGCCUUCAUCCUUCACUCUCUACCCUUCUCUGUCUUCAUCCUUCACUCUCUACUCUUCUCUACCUUCAUCCUUCACUCUCUACUCUUCUCUGCCUUCAUCCUUCACUCUCUACUCUUCUCUACCUUCAUCCUUCACUCUCUACUCUUCUCUGCCUUCAUCCUUCACUCUCUACUCUUCUCUAACCUUCAUCCUUCAACUCUCUACUCUUCCUCUACCUUCAUCCUGUCACUCGUCUACUGCUUAUCCCUUCAUCCUUCACUCUCUACUCUUCUCCUACCUUCACAUUCACGCUCUAACUCUUUCUCUGCCUUCAAUCCUUCACCUCUCUACGCUUCUCUGCCUUCAUCCUUCAUCUCUUACUCGUUUCUACUACCUUCAUCCUUCACUUCUCUACUCUUCUCUGCCUCAAUCAGUCACUCCUACUCUUCCUCUGCUUCUGCCUGCCCUUUCACUGGCUCUAACUCUUCUCUAACCUUCAAUCCUUCACUCUCUACUCUUCUCUGGCCUUCAUACUUCACGUCUCUAAACCUUCUCAUCCCUCCAUCCCUUAACUCUCUACUCUUCUCUACGUUCAUCCUUCACUCUCUACUCUUUCUCAUCCCUAUCCUUCACUCUCUACUCUUCUCACCUUCAUCCUUCGACUCUCUAACUCUUCUCUAUCCUUCAUCCUUCACUCUCUACUCUCUCAAUUCCCUCAUCCUUCACUCUCUACUCUUCUCAUCCCUCAUCCUUCACUCUCUACUCUUCUCAUCCCUCAUCCUUCACUCUCUACUCUUCUCUACCUUCAUCCUUCACUCUCUACUCUUCUCUACCUUCAUCCUUCACUCUCUACUCUUCUCAUCCCUCAUCCUUCACUCUCUACUCUUCUCAUCCCAUCUCUUCACUCUCUACUCUUCUCUGCCUUCAUCCUUCCUCUCUACUCUUCUCUACCUUCAUCCUUCACUCUCUACUCUUCUCUGCCUUCAUCCUCACUCUCUACUCUUCUCUACCUUCAUCCUUCACUCUCUACUCUUCUCAUCCCUCAUCCUUCACUCUCUGACUCUUCUCUACCUCAUCCUUCACUCUCUACUCUUCUCUACCUUCAUUCUUCACUCUCUACUUCUCAUCCCUCAUCCUUCACUCUCUACUCUUCUCUGCCUCUCUUCACUCUCUACUCUUCUCUACCUUCAUCCUUCACUCUUUACUCUUCUCAUCCCUCAUCCUUCACUCUCUACUCUUCUCUGCCUUCAUCCUUCACUCUCUACUCUUCUCUACCUUCAUUCUUCACUCUCUACUCUUCUCUGCCUUCAUCCUUCACUCUCUACUCUUCUCUACCUUCAUCCUUCACUCUCUACUCUACCAACAGCCGUGUGUGUAAACAAACUCUAUUUCUGUGUUUCAUUAUCUUGAGUAAAUUAGGUAAUACAAUAGAUAGUUCCUGUCCUGGAUGCUGAUUGGCUUAUACCGUAUUCCAGAUGUAUUUUAUUAAAACAAUGGAAUAUACCUGUUUACUGUUCUAUCUGAAUUAUCACUAUACAUCCUCUCUAUGGCCAGCCAGGCAAUUCAUACACUUCCUCUCCAUGAAGUCCCCCAUGGGAACGAUGUUGAAUAUAUGCACCAUGUGACAAAAGCUUCCAAAAACAGUAGAUACACAGUAUGUGGAUUAUUGACUAGUAAUACUGGAAUUAAGAGUUGUGGACAGAUGAGUUCCAGCACAUGAACACUCCAUUAUCUUGCCUCUCUAUCCCUACUAGUGAGCACACCCAGUGCACAGCCCUCUGCUCCCGCCAGGAGACCACCGACACCAUCGAGGAGCCAGACCAGGACCUCCAAGACCCCCACUCCUCUUACACUGAGACCCCAUCCACCUCUACCUCUAUGGGGCUGUACAUGGACCGUGAUGGGGGUCUUCUCUCCAGGUCCAGGGGUAUGGACUGGGACAGCGGGGACAGCGUCCUGGAAGCCGAACAGGCAGGGUGGGGGAGGGGACCGUGCUACGCCCACCAGAGUGAGCUCCAGCUCUACCAGGCAGACCUCCCCAGUACAACCCCCACAGACACAGACAUCCCCCCCUCGUACAGCAGAGCCACAGGCCUGGACAGGGAGGGGGCCUGGUACAGCAGAGCUACGGGACUGGACAGGGAGGGGGCCUCGUACAGCAGAGCUACGGGCCUGGACAGGGAGGGGGCCUCGUACAGCAGAGCUACGGGCCUGGACAGGGAGGGGGCCUCGUACAGCAGAGCCACGGGCCUGGACAGGGAGGGGGCAUCGUACAGCAGAGCCACGGGCCUGGACAGGGAGGGGGCUGAGCGGGCCUCAUCCAGUAGGACCCAUCAUGAGAAGAGGUUGGUUGUGGUGACACCUGACGAGAAGUCUGAUUUUCUGUCGGGCGUCACGAGCGCCGCGUUUCCCUCGCUCACCCACGAGCUGACGGCCAGCGAUCUGCUACGCAAUAGGUAUUGUAUUUCAUCGCAGCUUGUCUUGCAUUGCCAAUUAAAAUACUUCCAAAUCUCGUUCAUCUCUCAGCUAUUAGAAAGCCUGAAAUCGAGAUCCAGUCAAGGCUAAAGAUUUGUUUGUUUGACAAUUCUAAAGGCUUUAGAAUUUUUAGAGUCCACCUUCAUAGACCUUAUCUCUCUUCCUCUUCCUCUCUUCCGGUCCUCAGCCUCCCACAUCCUCUCCACAUCUCCGCUCUCGUCCCUCUUCCCUUCCACGACGCGUCGCCCUCUCGCCAGCGCGCCGCGGCUCGCGCCCGCGCGAGCACGCUCUCGACCAAAGCAUCCGCCCUCUCUCUCUCUCAGACAUCGCUCUAUCAUCCCUCUCACUCCAAUCUCUCUCUAUCUUCUCUCUCUCUCUCCAUCUGCUCUCUCCUUCUCUCUCUCUCUCUCUCUCUCUCUCUCUUCGUCUUCUCUCUCUCUCUCUCUCUCUCUCUCCCCUAUUUGUCUCUCCCCCCCCUCUCUCCAUCAGGAUGUUCUACGAUGAAGAGUUGGAGGAUUCAGAGCGUUUCUACGGCGACCAGCCGGCGCUGCUGCAGCUGCUUUAUGCCCUGUACAACAUGCUGGUGGCCCACUCAGAGAUGGGUGUUUCCUGGUCAUCAUCCUCAACCACAUGAUCUCAGCGUCCGUGGCCACCCUCGUCCUGCCCAUCUUCAUCUUCCUCUGGGCCAUGCUGUCGGUCCCCAGGCCUAGCAAACGUUUCUGGAUGACCGCUAUCGUCUACACAGAGGUAUUAACACACAGAAGCACAUUAAUAAUAAAUAAUACUGUAUAUUUAUUUUAUAUAGCGCUUUUUAUACAGAAUCUCAGUCGCUUUAAACACAUUUUUUAUAAAUUCAGGAAACAUGCAGUUCAUGGGAGAUGGUCUUCCACAGCCAGAUCAUUAUGCAGUUCAGUAAAGGAGUAACUAGCUUAAGUGGAGGUGUCGGCGAUGGUGCAGCCAGGGAGGGAGAAACAUCAGUCAGACAUCAUCAGGCACCUCUGUCUCAGAAGUUCACAGCUACUCCUGCUCUGUAGGUCGGCUGGACAGUCCACCACCGAAAGUGUAGCACCCACCUAGGUGACGCUUUAGCAGCUAUAAGCACCUGAGAGACCACCACACCUCGGCAGUAGUCAGUAACAGUGUCCUACAAGGCGAGCCUCUGUCAUCCCCUCACACCACAGUCCACAACCUUCUAGAAACGGGGGCUGGUGGAAUAAAAAGCCGGUGCUGUGUUGAUCAGGUGUUGAUGCAUCAUUCAAAUUAGAUUAGCCAGCUAUCUAGUUGGACAUUAGUCAGGCUCUUAUCAAUGUAAAUCUGCCCUGACCCCUGACCCCUGGUCCUUUGCCGUUUUAAAGAGAUAGUUCACCCAAAUUAUUAAGGUGAACCAUCCCUUAAAAAAUUAUAUUUCAUCAUUUUCAUGAAUAUAUUUGUUUCUUUCUGGCAUUCUCAAGUGACACAUUUUGCUUUAUCCAGCUAUGAAAAAUAAAGUUGUUGUUUAAACAUGUUCUGUGUUACUGCACUGUGUUGAUAGACAAUGUUGCUAUUUCUUGAUUUUAUCACUCAGGCAGCUGCUAUAUGUUUUUGAAUGUGUUUCCCCUUCUCUCUGUACCACCAGGUCACCAUUGUGAUCAAGUACUUCUUCCAGUUUGGUUUCUUCCCCUUCAACCAGAACAUUGAGCUGGACAAGUCAAAACCGUUCCAUCCUCCCAACAUCAUCGGCGUGGAGAAGAAGGAGGGAUACGUGCACUAUGACCUGGUUCAGCUGCUAGCUCUGUUCUUCCACCGAUCUAUUCUCAAGGUGCCCACUAAGUCUUGCUAGGUGUGAUGCCUAUCAGCUACAGUACAUGGUUAUUCCUUUAAAGGGAUAGUUAAAAUAAGGUUUACAAAAAAAAAGUGGACUACACCUUUAACUAUGUUGUUAAUUCUGACUUAUUACCUGUAUUGAUACACAGUUAUAUUUAGCACACUGAAUGGCUUAACCAUCCUAUUCCUUGGUGUUGACCUCCAGUGUCAUGGGCUGUGGGAUGAGGACGACCCCAGGGGAGGAGGGGGGGAAACCCCCAAGCAGCACCAGCAUGAGAGGGAGAAGAGGACCAGCUCCAGGCCAGUGAAGAAGCAGGCCUCGGGGGGCAGCAGCUCCCUGCUGGAGUCGGUCCGCGCCCGCUUCCCCCACCGCUUCCACUCCCUGUCCACCCCCACCCCACUGCGCCGCAAGAGCUCCAGCUCCGCCUCCCACCUUUCCCAGUGCACCAUGCGCUCCGCCCACUCCAAAGGAGGUGAGGUCACGAGUCUCGAUGGCUCUUAUGUGCUGAAGAAUCACUCCCUUGUUGGGCUUAGAUACGUUUGGGGGAAAUAUCUAGACUUUGAAUUAUGAACCAACUGAAUAUAAUUUGUGAGCCCUAUGUCUUCCAAACCUGGUGACUCCACAGACAGUGUGAGCUCACGGCCCAGCCUGCGGAGAGGGGACAGCCUGCGGAGAGGGGACAGCCUGCAGAGAGGGGACAGCCUGCGGAGAGGGGACAGCCUGCAGAGAGGGGACAGCCUGCAGAGAGGGGACAGCCUGCGGAGAGGGGACAGCCUGCGGAGAGGGGACAGCCUGCAGAGAGGGGACAGCCUGCGGAGAGGGGACAGCCUGCGGAGAGGGGACAGCCUGCGGAGCAAGAAGGAGAUGAUCCUGGAGAAACUCAGAGAUCAGCUCAUCAAAGCCAAGAGCUUCACUGUCAGAAGGUAGGUGUACUGACUUGAAGGUGCCAUAUGACUGUUAUUAGGCUGCUAACUGGCAGGAUUCAGUCACUUUUCAGGAUAAUAAAUUAUGAAAUGGUGGCUUUAAUGUAAAUCUCUAAGCCUGAUUGAUUUUGAUGCACACAAACAGUUAAAAACGACAUUAACCGUUCAUAAAGGUAUUUAGUUUAUCUUGUUUACUUUGUUUACAUGAACAGAUCAUUGUUUCUUUGCCUCCCUGUAGAACUCUGGAGAUCUACGUCCCCAUCCGUCAGUUCUUCUACAACCUGAUCCACCCAGAGUACAGUGCGGUGACAGACGUCUAUGUGCUCAUGUUCCUGGCCGACACCGUCGACUUCAUCAUCAUCGUCUUCGGCUUCUGGGCUUUUGGGGUAAGUUUGAUAUAUGAUAUGUCAGUGAUAAAAUUCUAGUAUAAACUGUCGUUAUUCAUUGUGUUUGUGAUUGAAACCCAGUGUAAUGAAUUUCAAUUGUCCCUAAAUGGACAACAACACUUUUGAACUUCAAACAAAAAAACAAAAAAAAUAUCCAAAUGAAUAACAUAACAUGUCUUCCUGUACCCCAACAGAAACACUCUGCGGCGGCUGACAUCACUUCUUCCCUGUCGGAGGACCAGGUUCCCGAAGCCUUCCUGGUGAUGGUGCUGAUCCAGUUUGGCACCAUGAUCAUCGACCGAGCCCUCUACCUUCGCAAGACCGUCAUGGGAAAAGUCAUCUUCCAGGUCAUCCUGGUGUUUGGUAUCCACUUCUGGAUGUUCUUCAUCCUGCCUGGAGUCACAGAGAGGUAUGAAUGUGGAGGAAUAACAUGUAUUUAUUUAGUUAUUUAAUCAUUUAGUCAUAACCAGUUCCCUCUUUCUUUUAAAUCCAUUGCUUACUAAAUAGUUGCAUUAGUAAGUAACGCAUAAUUAGGUUUUCAUGUUACUUUGAAAAUGCACAUUAACAUUGUUUCCAUGUCACUCACCAGACGGUUCAGUCAGAACACAGUGGCCCAGCUGUGGUACUUCGUCAAGUGCAUCUACUUUGGCCUGUCGGCCUAUCAGAUCCGCUGUGGCUACCCCACCCGCGUCCUGGGCAACUUCCUCACCAAGAGUUACAACUACCUCAACCUUUUCCUCUUCCAAGGGUGAGUGCUCUUGAGGCCACUUGUGACCACAAUCACCAAUUGAGAAUACAAUAAUGAAAAGAGACUCAUAAGCAGUGUUGGGGGUAAUGCGUUACAAAAGUAGUGCAUUAGGUAAUCAGAUUACUUUUUAUGAGUAACUAGUAAUGUGGAUCGGAUUUACUUUUAAAAACUGGGUAAUAUAAAUAUAGUUACUUUGUCAAGUAACGUGUGUGUUACUUUCAGAAUCAUAUCUCUACCAGGCGCAUGUUUCCAUGAUCCGAUCUCGACUUGUUUCCUCAUUUAGUUCUCGAGCUAGCGGAGAAAGGCUGUUUGGAGAAAUGUCAUGACAGCUGCUGUCCAUAGAAAUGUAAAGAGGGUGCACCUCUGAUCUUUGCCAUUGAUCGCUUCUGUAAUAUCAAAGCCCAUAGAGGGCUUCACCAUCUAGUGGGAAGUGUGCCCUCUAUACAUCUCUAUGGGUCCAGAACCGGCGGCUCAAGAGUACAGAUGUUUGGCUUAUGGCCACCAAUGGCUGCCUGCCAUAAGCUGCUUCAUUACUAUUGUCCUAACGUUGUGCUAACGUUGUCCUAACAUUGCCCUAACAUUGCCCUAUUGUUGCCCUAACGUUGUCCUAACAUUGCCCUAACAUUGCCCUAUUGUUGCCCUAACGUUGUCCUAACGUUGCCCUAACGUUGUCCUGGUCCCCAGGUUCCGCCUGGUCCCAUUCCUGACGGAGCUGCGAGCGGUGAUGGACUGGGUGUGGACGGACACCACCCUCAGCCUGUCCAGCUGGAUCUGUGUAGAGGACAUCUACGCCCAUAUCUUUGUCCUCAAGUGCUGGAGGAUGUCAGAGAAGGUGAGGGACCACGGCCCGCUGUGUUAGUUCUCCUCUAGGACCUCCCUAUCCAUCUCUGAAUGAUGCUUAGAGUGGAAGAAGAUAGUAUGUUGUCAGAGAGGCUAUGUGGAAAUGAGAUACAGCAAGUCUAUGCAGGACAAUCCUCACACGGCACACCAAGUAAAAAAAAAAUCAUAGAAACUGUAACUAAACUCGAUAGUUUAUUUCCCUGAACAAUUUGUUCUAUUCCUGUAUGUUUACCAGAGGUACCCCCAGCCUCGCGGGCAGAAGAAGAAGAAGGUGGUGAAGUAUGGGAUGGGAGGUUUGAUUGUCAUGCUGCUCAUCUGCAUCGUUUGGUUCCCGCUGCUCUUCAUGUCGCUGGUCAAGUCCGUGGCCGGGGUGGUCAACAAACCUCUGGACGUGUCGGUCACCAUCACCCUGGGAGGCUUUCAGGUAGCGCCACUCAUGUUGACCACAGUCAUAUAUAGAGAGGCAGUUUGGCCGCCAUUUUGCACACUGGACCCCAUGUUAACACAUUUUGGUAGAAACCGCAAUCCAGACUCUAUCUAUAGCUCUGGGAUCUAAGGUGUGUAGACGUUUUCAUUUCUUUUACUGACUUUUGUCAGAUGUCACAUUUAUAUCUAUUUUAAUAUUAUAACGUUGGUAUUUCUUCCUUCAGCCCAUCUUCACUAUGAGUGCCCAACAAAAUCAACUGAAGGACAUCAGCAAAGCAGAUUUUGCAGACUUCAUGAAUUCAUACAAUUACAUUCCGGUAAGAAGACCACCCAUUUUACAGCUUGCUUUCUAAAUCAUAAUCUUAGGCCAUACAAUACAACAAAUAUUUCAAAUAUUUCUCAGGAUUUCCAAAUAUCUUGUGAUGAUAUAGGUUUGAAUACUAUUACAUUCUGGUUUGAAUAUAUGACUGUGUAUUGAAUGAAUGUGUAUUACUAUAACAAAGACCUGUCUUGUCCCACUCACAAGGGACUUUGUGCAUCUAAGUGUUGUACAGUAUUUUUGGGUAGUUGUAAUAUUUCAAUAAUUCUAUCAAUGCAGUCAGCGAUGCAGUUCCUGGAGGCGUACACGUCAGAGGACGUGACUGUGGCGGAGCUGGAGGGCAGUUCCAACUCCCUGUGGACCAUAAGCCCCCCCAGCAGGAAGAACCUGAUGGAGGUUCUCAGCAAGGAGGAAUACUUCCCUGUCACCAUGUCCUGGACCAUCCAGAGGUAAGUGUAACAGGGCACCAGAAAAGAAAAUAGACUGAAACGGGGAGGGACAACCUGGACCAAUAAGAUAUGCCAAUGGCACGUUGUGUUUGCUAAUCCAAGUUUAUCAUUUUAAAAGGCUAAUUGAUCAUUAGAAAACCCUUUUGCAAUUAUGUUAGCACAGCUGAAAACUGUUGUGCUGAUUAAAGAAGCAAUAAAACUGGCCUUCUUGGUGUAACAGUGUUGCUUCCGUCCCUCUCCUCGCCCCUACCUGGGCUUGAACCAGGGACCCUCUGCACACAUCGACAACAGUCACCCUCGAAGCACCGUUACCCGUCGCUCCACAAAAGCCUCGGCCCUUGCAGAGCAAGGGAAACAACUACUUCAAGGUCUCAGAGCGAGUGACGUCACCGAUUGACAAUGCUACUAGCGCGCACCGCUAACUAGCUAGCCAUUUCACACCGGUUACACUCACCCCCCUUUUGACCUCCUCCUUUUCCGCAGCAACCAGUGAUCCGGGUCAACAGCAUCAAUGUAACAGUGUUGCUUCCGCCCCUCUCCUCGCCCCUACCUGGGCUUGAACCAGGGACCCUCUGCACACAUCGACAACAGUCACCCUCGAAGCACCGUUACCUGUCGCUCCACAAAAGCCGCGGCCCUUGCAGAGCAAGAGAAACAACUACUUCAAGGUCUCAGAGCGAGUGAUGUCACCGAUUGAAAUGCUACUAGCGCGCACCGCUAACUAGCUAGCCAUUUCACACCGGUUACAUUGAGACUAGUUGAGUAUCUGGAGCAUCAGCAAUUGUGGGUUCGAUUACAUUUUUUAAAAAUUGUAGUCAUUUAGCAGACGCUCUUAUCCAGAGCGACUUACAGUUAGUGAAUGCAUACGUUUUUAAAAUGUCUUUAUUUGUUUUAGUUUUUUCAUACUGGCCCCCCGUGGGAAAUGAACCCACAUCCCUGCCGGCCAAACCCUCCCCUACCUUGGACGACACUGGACCAAUUGUGCGCUGCCCAUGGGUCUCCCGGUUGCAGCUGGCUCCGACAGAGCCUGGACUCGAACCAGGAUCUCUAGUGGCACAGCUAGCACUGCGAUGCAGUGCCUUAGACCACUGCACCACUCGGGAGUCAUAAUUACAUAAUCAAAUCAAAUCAAAAUGGCCAGAAACUAAUAACUUUCUUCUGAAACUCGUCAGUCUAUUCUUGUUCUGAGAAAUGAAGGCUAUUCCAUGCGUGAAAUUGCCAAGAAACUGAAGAUCUCGUACAACACUGUGUACUACUCCCUUCACAGAACAGUGCAAACUGGCUCUAACCAGAAUAGAAUGAGGAGUGGGAGGCCCCGGUGCACAACUGCGCAAGAGGACAAAUACAUUAGAGUGUCUAGUUUGAGAAAUAGACGCCUCACAGGUCCUCAACUGGCAGCUUCAUUAAAUAGUACCCGCAAAAAACACCAGUCUCAAUGUCAACAGUGAAGAGGCGACUCCAGGAUGCUGACCUUCUAGGCAGAGUUGGAAAGAAAAAGCCAUAUCUCAGACUGGCCAAUAAAAAUAAAAUAUUAAGAUGGGCAAAAGAACACAGACACUGGACAGAGGAAGAUUGGAAAAAAGUGUUAUGGACAAACAAAUCGACGUUUGAGGAGUUCGGAUCACAAAGAAAAACUAUUGUGAGACGCAGACCAAAUGAAAAAAUGCUGGAGGAGUACUUGAUGCCAUCUGUCAACCAUGGUGGAGGCAAUGUGAUGUCUGGGGGUGCUUUGGUGGUGGUAAAGUGGGAGAUUUGUACAGGGUAAAAGGGAUCUUGAAGAAGGAAGGCUGUCACUCCAUUUUGCAACGCCAUGCCAUACCCUGUGGACGGCGCUUGAUUGGAGCCAAUUUCCUCCUACCACAGGACAAUGACCCAAAGCACAGCUCCAAACUAUACAAUAUCUAUUUAGGGAAGAAGCAGUCAGCUGGUAUUCUGUCUAUAAUGGAGUGGCCAGCACAGUCACCGGAUCUCAACCCUAUUGAGCUGUUGUGGGAGCAGCUUGACCGUAUGGUACGUAAGAAGUGCCCAUCAAGCCAAUCCAACUUGUGGGAGGUGCUUCAGGACGCAUGGGGUGAAAUCUCUUCAGAUUACCUCAACAAAUUGACAACUAGAAUGCCAAAGGUCUGCAAGGCUGUAAUUGCUGCAAAUGGAGGAUUAUUUGACAAAAGCAAAGUUUGAAGGACACAAUUAUUAUUUCUAUUAAAAAUAAUUAUUUCUAACCUUGUCAAUGACUACAUUUCCUAUGCAUUUAGCUAUAUUUCCUAUUCAAACUCAUUUAAUGUAUGUUUUCGUGGAAAACAAGGAGAUUUCUAAGUGACCCCAAACUUUUCAACGGUAGUGUACGAUCUGAGAGAAAACAUUCAACAUUUCGGUAUGGAGGGAGUCAAUAUAUUUGUUUCUUGCUUCCAUUUUUAGUGGAUAAAUUGGUUCCGCUCUAUAGUGUGUCUGUGUCGUGUGAACUUGAUAAAAUGACAGUAACUACGGUGUUGUAUAGUACUUUAGAGCCCUAAAAUAUCUGUUGAGAUAUCUGUCCAAUUGCAAUGUCUGUGAGACGGAAAGUAACACAUUUACGAGUUCACAAAGUAAUGUGUGUGGGAAUGUGUGGUGUACGAUUUGUGACCACAAUGUGCUGUACGCAAUUGUGAUUUUCUCUCUUUAACAGGAAUCUCAGUCUUGGAGCCAAAGCUGAAGUUGCGACAGAUAAACAUGUCACAUACCUUGAUAUGACAAUGCGACAAGAGUUAAUAGAUCUGCUGAAUGGGACCAGAAACCAGGCUGUGUAAGUAGCCUUCACUAAGGAAAACGGACUACAACUUUUGAGGCUUAAUUAAAGCCUUCAUAAACCCUUUAUAAGGCCUUUAUAAAUGCUUCAUAAAUCAUUCAUUAUUAAAUGGCAUGCUAUAUAAAAUAUAUAACCAAUGGACAGGGUGGGGUAGGUUACUUUAUAAAUGUAAUCUGUUACAGUUACUAGUUAGUUACCUGUCCAAAUUUUGUAUCAGUAAUGUAACUUUUGGAUUGCCCAAACUCAGUUAUGUAAUCUGAUUACUUUCCGUUACUUCUGGAUAACUUUCCCCUUUGGAGGCAUUAGAAGAAGACAAAAAGGAUCCAUCAAACACAUUUGGUGUGUCCUCAUAGUGGUCCGACUUGUGUUCAGACUCACUUAGGUGGAACAAACUUAAACUUGCUGAAUUUAAUGUCAUUCAGAAAAUUAAAAGGUGUCAUAAUGUAUUUUUUCGCAGAACAUCCUUUCUGAAUUUAAAAGUAAUCCAAGAAGUAAUCUUGUUUUUCAAAAGUAUCUGUAAUCUGAUUAAAUGUAAUUCGUCACUCCCCAACCCUGUCAAUGGAAUUUUUUUUUUGUAUCUUUCUCCCCUCUCCUCUCCAGGGUGAUAGAACAAGUUUUCCCAUGCUUCCUCAGAGCUCCCAGUGACUCCAAUGCCAAACCAAUAGAACAACUCUAUAAAGGUAAUGCACACAUCCUCGACUAGGCUUCAUAUACAGCAGAGAGAUGUAACAUUGAUAGAUUUACAUUGUAUGUGAAAUGAACACUUCUACAUUUCUUGUUUUGACGCUGUUUCGAACUGAAGCAUCCCCUUCUUAUUACGGACUGCUAAUGUAGCGUUAAUGAUAGUAUCUCCCUUUCAGACAAUGGCUACAAGAACAUCCUGCUAGCCCUGGAGAGAACCCACAACAGCAGUGGAGAGAUCCAGGAGUGGUGGAUUGUGGACCAGCCUUCGGCGGGACAGAUACAGAUGAGGGGUGCGGCAGUGGGGAAGAAGAGAGAGGCGGGCCUCCAUCUCUACGUGUUCAGUGACAAAGUCAGCCCGCCCAGUCUGGGCUUCUUGGCAGGAUACGGGUGUGUGGAGGAUAUCGGACAGUGUGACUUGGGUUAUGUUCAGUCAGGCACACCGUAGUAAAACGUUUUGCAGCGGAACAUGAAAAUGAGCAUUUUGUUAUUGUUUAAGGUCAGGCAGUACCACCUCGUUUCAAAAUAUUGUUUUGUGCCUACUGGACACAACCCUUGCUUUCAAAAAGGGCUCCUGCAUUUAUAAUGCUUUAUUAUUUGUUAUAAGCAUGUAUGAGCCUUUAUAAUGUCUAAUUACAAGGCUUAUAAUGUUACGUCUCUCACCGACAGGAUCAUGGGUCUCUACGCCUCGGUGGUGCUCGUCAUCGGCAAGUUUGUGCGCGAGUUCUUCAGCGGCAUCUCGCACUCCAUAAUGUUCGAGGAGCUGCCCGCCGUGGACCGCAUCCUGAAGCUGUGUACCGACAUCUUCCUGGUCAGAGAGACGGGCGAGCUGGAGCUGGAGGAAGACCUGUAUGCCAAGCUCAUCUUCCUCUACCGAUCACCUGAGACUAUGAUCAAGUGGACCAGGGACCAGAAAACAAAGUGA